AUGUCCCAUCUACGCUUACUUCUCAUCCCCUACCUUGAUGUCGAUCGGAAUAAGUAUGUGGAGUUGACCCAUGCCUCAGAAAAGGAAAGCUACUCCAGAUAUUCCGACUGCGAACAAUCAGACAGGUAUGAGAAUGACCCAGGCCCAGAUCAAAGCUAUGUUCUCCAGGGUUCUACCUCACAGAGUGAGAGUGGUGAGAAUAAUACAGAAUCUGAUAAGGAUGACAAUGCGAGUCGGAAGCCUGCAAUUCAGGGCCCCAAAAAGGCCUUCACAGAGGUGCCCAUGAAACGAGUCAAAGUUUCAAGAUGUUGGCUACCCGGCGUCUGGCGAAUGAUCGAUUUGCUUUCGGCUGUUUGCGAGUUCUGA